AUGAUUGCCAAGCUUUUCACUGUAACCGCACUUGUCUCUCUGGCUUAUGCUGGCGGCUACGGUGGCCAUGGAGGACAUAGUGUGACCCACCGCAAACAAGAUGAUUACGGCAACUACAACUUCGGCUACAACAUCGUGAAUGGUUAUGGAGCCGCCAAUGGUCGCCAUGAGUCCGGUUCCGCAUACGGAGGCGUCAAAGGGGCCUACUACCUGGCUGACGCUGACGGGCGCUCUCGGCGCGUUGAGUACGUCGCCGACAAGUGGGGCUUCCGUGCAAUGGUCAAGACCAACGAGCCGGGCACAAAGACGAGCUACCCGGCGGCUGCGCCCUACCACUCGGCCAACGGGAAGCACGUGCCCUCGGGUUACGGAGGCUUUCACGGCUAGGCUGCCACUACAAUGCGGUGGUCUUGUGAAUCUUUCCCGGAACUUCGUCGUAGCUCUGCGCAGUGAUCCUCUAUGCUUCGAGGUGUGCUCGCCUGGUCGUCCCCUCGCUGUCAUGCCAAACCCAUGUUCGACGUGUCAAUGUGCCGCAGCUGUUUCGCAGCGUGCCAUGGCUUUUGCGUGACACUUGGCAUUGCCGCUGAAGACUCUUCGCUUUCGUGGGUCCUCUCC